UGCGCCACGGAUCCCCCAGCUGUCACUUCCUUGUUCCGCUGUGCGCCAGCUGGGAGACGGUUAGUGAUUUGCGCAAAAUUAAUUCCAUACGAAAAAAUUACGCGGAACGGUCUACGCGUCGGUCGUGGCACACCGCGGACCGUGUGUAGCGUGAGUGUGCUCGGGAAGUCGAACUUCCACAAUCUUCUGUGUCGCUCCCAGCAGUGAGAGCAACUUGUACGACUGGCUCGUCUUGUUGCGUCAGGACGCGCGUCCCCUCCAGUGUCUCCCGUCUCACAGUGUUCCAGUGACAGAGGCCUGCCAGGACUCAAACCACCAGGACAGACCCCCCAGAUAACCAAAUAUACGUGGAGGCAGGCUGAAAAGGUGCCUGGAGCAUAAUAUGGGCCCUUUAAACUCUUCAACUGUGUGAUGACUUAUUUUUAACAUGGCUGCUCCGACUUCUUCUGUUUUACGGGCCAUACUGAAAGGGGCCCUGGUGCUGGCUGGCAUCAUAGUCCUGUUGUCCAUGUACUAUCGGUCUUUUCCAUCUCCAAGAUGUCAUCCUUCCCCAAAGCAGCUGACUAAGCAAGACAAUUCACAGAACGAAUCAGUGGCUACAACCCCAUCAAGCAGCCUACCAGGAGAACAGCAAGCCGACAAACCUGUCGUGCUGCUGUGGUUUUGGCCUGAAAGCAAAAAGUUUGAUUUUCAAGUCUGUAAGAAGCUCAACAUCAACAACUGCCGUCUCACAGAUGAUCGAUCCUUAUACUCCAGCGCUCAUGCAGUUUUGAUAUUUCACAAAGCUAUCAAAGAUGACCUCUCCAACCUCCCCACCACACCCAGGCCCGCAUUUCAAAGGUGGAUCUGGUUAAACAUGGACCCACCCAGCAACACACUCAAGAUAGCAGGCAUUGAAUCUCUUUUUAAUUUGACCGCAAGCUUCAGGGAGGAUGCAGACAUCCAUGUUCGCUGGCAACUGACUGCCAAGAAGCACAUGGAUGACAAUUUUGUGCUACCAGAGAAAGAACACUUGCUCUGUUGGAUUGUGAAUAGCAGUGACCUGGACACACAAACGGGGGAGGAAUACCGCUACUACAAAGAGCUUAUAAAAUACAUCAAGGUGGAUAUCUUUGACAGCUCCUCUGCUGAGAGUUCAAGGGGUGAAAACUAUUUCCGAACUAUCAGUAGCUGCAAAUUCUUUCUUUCCUUUGAGAAUUCAGAUCACAAAGAUCACAUUACAGAAACAUUCAAUGGUCCUCUUGCAGCUGGCACUGUGCCGAUAGUUUUGGGCCCACCGAGAAAAAAUUAUGAGCGUUUCGUCCCAAGUACUUCCUUCAUACAUGUAAAUGACUUUCCUGAUCCCUUGGCACUGGCUGAAUUCCUCCUCAAAUUGGAUGACGAUAAUGAGGCCUACAUGAAAUACUUUGAUUGGCGACAUUUCUACAAUGUCAGACGUCAUUUUACUGAGGAGAAUCAUGCGUUUGCGCUUGCUAUUUGUCAGGCCUGUCGCCAUAUAGGCAUAACCCAUGAGUUCAGAGUUGUACGUGAUCUGUACAAGUGGUUCUUCAUAUGAUUAUUUGUACUGUACCUGUGAUGGACUUGCUACAGUACAGAGAUAUUCAUCAAUGGCUCCAACACAUUAAAUUGUACUUUUGGUGAAACAUCAUAGGGAGUCAUAUCAUUCUUGUCCUAUAAAGCUCAUGUAUCUUCAAACCUUUUUCUUUUUUGAGUUUUGUUGACACUAUUUUCAAUUCCCUCAACCUACAAAAUAACACUUAAUAUAAUAAUAUAAUUUUUAUUUUAAUUCUAGAAGUGUCUCUGUAUCUGUGUUAAUAAUACCACAUGCUUGCUAUGUGAAAAUUCCCAACGCAUUCUUGAGAAAAUAAAUCGUUUUGUUGCUUUUCUCAUUUGAGGUUACCAUAAACAGAAACAUCAAGGUUAUUCUAAACUCUCUAGUUUUCCACGUAAAGUGACCUGGCUUGACCUUUGUAAGGUAUUGAGUCCUUAAAUUGUACCUGAAUUUUUUUGCAAUAUAUGUAUUUAAUUCCUCAA